AUGCCACUUGUCGCCCCGAUCUCAGCUGCCGCCGGGGAUUCAGCGGACACGGCAUCCGCCACUGCGCCGGUGGUGGUUUGGCUGCGGAACGAACUGCGGCUUUGCGACAACCCAUUGCUGCAACGGGGGCUCCAGCUGGCUAAAGGCAACCUGCAGCUAGUGGUGUGCUUAGAUCCCCGUGAGUUUCAGGCGACCACCGCCUUUGGAAGCCCCAAGGUCGGAGAGCUGCGAAAGCGCUUCGUAGAGGAGUGCCUGUGCGACCUCCGGCGGCGUGUGGCUGAAAGAGGCUCGAGGCUGUUGGUCCAGCAAAAGGCACCAGAAGAGGUGCUGCCAGCAUUGGUCUCGGAGGGCUCAACUGUACUGGUCACGGCGCAAGUCUGUUCGGAGGACAUCGCUGGGGCGGCGCAAUAG